AUGGCUGCUCUCGCUGGCAAAGUUGCUAUCAUUACCGGUGGCUCUAAGGGCAUCGGCAAGGCCACAGCUCUUCGUCUCGCGCGUGAUGGCGCAAAGGUAGCUAUCCAGUACCUCUCCGAUGACCAAGGCGCCCAGGAGGUGGUCAACACAAUUGGAGAGGAGAACGCCCUAGCCGUCAAGGGCAAUGCCGGCAACGUGGCCGACAGUGACGAGUUGAUCCGCCGUACGGUGGAUAAAUUCGGUCAGGUUGAUAUUCUCAUUGCCAACGCUGGCUCGUUGCCCGUCCGAGACUUAGCGAACACCUCCGAGCAAGACUUUGAUGAUUGCAUGGAUCUGAAUGUCAAGGGACCAUACUUUUUGGUUAAGAAAGCGGUCCCUCAUCUCCGCCCCGGCGCCCGCAUCAUCCUGGUUUCCACAACCCUGUGCCACGCCUCCACAAUCAGCCCUCCCUACCUUCUUUAUUUAACCACAAAGGGCGCCAUUGAGCAGAUGGUUCGUGUUCUCGCUAAGGAUCUGGGUCCCAAGGAAAUCACCAUCAACGCGGUCGCCCCGGGUCCCACCGACACCGUUCUGUUCACCCGUGGCAAGCCAGAACCCGUGCUGAACGCCAUCAAGAAUCUCAGCCCCCGAGGUCGUUUGGGUACACCGGAGGAGAUUGCGGAGGCCAUGGCGUUUUUCAGCUCCCCGGCUAGUGGCUGGGUCUCUGGACAGAUUUUGCGCGUGAAUGGCGGUAUGGCUUAG